UGCGGCCCGGCCUGUCCCCCUUUCCCUCCGACCGGUUCCCCUCAGGACGGGCCUGGUCCUCUCCUUCAGCUCCUAUGGCGUAGGGCUUCUCCCCCCACGCCGCGGGUCAGUCCCGGGAGGACGGCUUGUCCUUUCCUCAGGUCAGCCCCCUGAGUGCCUCUGAGAGGCAGCCCCCAAACUCACAGGGACGUUUUGCUCCGCCGGGUGACCCGUUUGUGUGCCCCCAGCCCUCCCUUAAUCUGGGGGGACCCGGCUCGCCCCCGCGUCUCCGCGUCACCUCGGGGCUGCCGCUCGGCGCGCCCCCCUCCCCCACCCCGUGUCUCCGGCCCGCACCGUGUACGGAAGGCUGAGCCCGGGGAAAGCCCGCGGCUGCCCGCGGUGGUCGUCGGGUCUUGUCCUCUGUGUUGUUAACCCCCGUGGCCCAGCUCGCCCUCCCCCAAGCCUUUUAGGACACCUUAGGACGGUCCCAUUUGGUCCCGGUUAGUUGGAAAGCAUCUGGUGGCUAGAAUUUCUGACUCGUGGGAUUGUUGCUGGAGUCUCUGUAAACAAACCAGCACUGGCGCUAUCACAUUCUCUCCGGAUUCCCCCCCUCCCCCUACUCUAGCUUCUGGUUGAGAGGUUGGUUCGUUUUGACUUAUCGUUGAAAAAAAAAAAUCAGGGUUUACCUUUUAGAUGACCUCUGUUUUUUUGUGGAGCUGGAAAAUUACUUGUCUAGCUUUUAAAUAUCUUGUUUGUUUUACGUGUGUGAGUGUGUGUAUGUGUGUGUGUAGGUUUUGUUGUGAGUCAGACUUAGGUAAGUUUUUCUGGUUUUAAAUAGUUCUGAGGAGGUCUAAAAAGAUACUAAAUGUAUUCAUAAAUACUUUUGUGAUGUUUAGCAGAAGAGACAUCUUUGCCAUAUAAAUUUUUAACUUUUCUUAGUCCUUCAGUGAACCUCCAGACCUAUUUUCUCAGGAGCUCAGCCUGGCCUUACUUCAGUGAUAAAAGGAGGAAAGUUGAGGCUGGCUACAGCAAACAACAUUUAAGAUGUCCAGCAAAGGGAGCAGCACAGAGGGCAAAACAGACUUAGCUAAUGGAAGCCUGUCUAGCAGUCCAGAAGAGAUGUCUGGAGCUGAAGAAGGAAGGGAGACAUCCUCAGGCAUUGAAGUGGAGGCCUCAGAUCUGAGUUUGAGUUUGACUGUGGAUGAUGGUGGUCCUACUCGGACCAGCACAGAAAGUCGAGGCACAGACACAGAGAGCUCAGGUGAAGAAAAAGACUCUGAUAGCAUGGAGGACACUGGCCAUUACUCCAUCAAUGAUGAAAACCGAGUUCAUGACCAUUCAGAGGAAGAGGAAGAAGAGGAGGAGGAGGAGGAAGAAGAGCAGCCUCGGCGUCGUGUACAGCGCAAGCGGGCCAGCCGUGACCAGGACUCAUCAGAUGAUGAACGGGCCCUUGAGGACUGGGUGUCUUCAGAGACAACAGCCCUACCUCGUCCUCGCUGGCAAGCCCUUCCUGCCCUUCGGGAGCGAGAACUGGGUUCAAGUGCCCGGUUUGUGUAUGAGGCCUGUGGGGCAAGAGUAUUUGUACAGCGUUUCCGCCUGCAACAUGGGCUUGAGGGCCAUACCGGUUGUGUCAAUACCCUGCACUUUAACCAGCGCGGCACCUGGCUGGCCAGUGGCAGCGAUGACCUGAAGGUGGUGGUGUGGGAUUGGGUUCGGCGACAGCCAGUACUUGACUUUGAGAGUGGCCACAAAAGUAAUGUCUUCCAGGCAAAGUUCCUUCCUAACAGUGGGGAUUCCACCCUGGCCAUGUGUGCCCGUGAUGGGCAGGUUCGGGUAGCAGAACUAUCUGCUACACAGUGCUGCAAGACUACAAAACGUGUGGCCCAGCACAAAGGAGCUUCCCAUAAGUUAGCUCUGGAACCAGACUCUCCCUGUACGUUCCUGUCUGCAGGUGAAGAUGCAGUUGUUUUCACCAUUGACCUGAGACAAGACCGGCCAGCUUCGAAACUGGUAGUGACAAAAGAGAAAGAGAAGAAAGUAGGACUAUAUACAAUCUAUGUGAAUCCUGCCAAUACCCACCAGUUUGCAGUGGGUGGACGAGAUCAGUUUGUGAGGAUUUAUGACCAGAGGAAGAUUGAUGAAAAUGAGAACAAUGGAGUACUGAAGAAAUUCUGUCCUCAUCACCUGGUGAACAGUGAGUCCAAAGCAAACAUCACCUGUCUUGUGUACAGCCACGACGGCACAGAGCUCCUGGCCAGUUACAAUGAUGAAGACAUUUACCUCUUCAACUCCUCUCACAGUGAUGGGGCUCAGUAUGUUAAAAGGUAUAAGGGUCACAGAAAUAAUGCCACAGUAAAAGGUGUCAAUUUCUAUGGCCCCAAGAGUGAGUUUGUGGUGAGCGGUAGUGACUGUGGGCACAUCUUCCUCUGGGAGAAAUCAUCCUGCCAGAUCAUUCAGUUCAUGGAGGGAGACAAGGGAGGUGUGGUAAACUGUCUUGAGCCCCACCCUCACUUACCUGUGCUGGCAACCAGUGGCCUAGACCAUGACGUGAAGAUCUGGGCACCUACAGCUGAAGCCUCCACUGAAUUGACAGGGUUAAAAGAUGUUAUUAAGAAGAACAAGCGAGAGCGGGAUGAAGAUAGCUUGCAUCACACUGACUUAUUUGAUAGCCACAUGCUUUGGUUCCUUAUGCAUCAUCUGAGACAGAGACGCCAUCACCGGCGCUGGCGAGAACCUGGGGUUGGGGCUACGGAUGCGGACUCUGAUGAGUCUCCCAGCUCCUCAGACACAUCGGACGAGGAGGAGGGCCCUGACCGGGUGCAGUGCAUGCCAUCCUGAGGCCCCAUACUUAGGAGGGGCAGGCUCGGGCUGCCAACCCAAUCCUGCCUGGGCAACUCUUCCUGCCCCAGGCCCUUACAUUCAGCAGACAUGCACUUUGGACUUUUUGUUUAGAUGAAAGGAAGCUAUCUCAGAAGGAGGACAGACCAGUGGGGAACAAAUCAACAGAGAGCCCCUAGAAGUGGGAGUUGAGCCCUGGAAUGGGAUUCCAUGGAGAGGUACAAAGGACUCAUCAGAAAUGGCCUCCCUCUGAAGCCUUUUUCCCAGGGUGAGGGAGAAUCUGUUUUGUUAACUGGUUUAGGAUAGGAAUGGGGCUUCUUUUUCUUUAAUCUUCCCUUGUUUCUUUGGUGGGGGUGGGUGGGUGGGAACAACUGGCUGUUCAGUACCAAGGGGCCAGAGUGGAGGAUAGGAAUGCCACUCUCUCUUUGGCUUAGGUUUUUUGACCUUUUUUCUUUGUUUUUAAGAAGUCUAUGACAGUUUCAAUGUUUUUUCCCCAAGCAACCCUAUCCCAAGAUUCUGUUUUUCUGGGAAGUCCUUAGAGCCCCUAACCCUCCCACACUUCACUUUCCACCUCAUUCAUUCUCUGAACUUAUCACAGUGUUUUGCACUUGAUUAUGUAUCCUUCACUCUCCUCUCUUCAUCCCAUUAUCCCUUAAGUGGGUUUGGUGAGGGAGGUUUGGGAGAGGUGGGAGGAGAAGCAGAGGUGGACAAAAAAUAAGAAGGAUGUUACCUCUUCUGUUAUUUUUUUUUUUUUUUUGGUGGCAGCAAUCUCUCUGUCCCUGUCACUGUUAAGAGGCCUAAUUUUAUAUCUAUAAAUAUAUUAAAAAGCAAGUCAAACUUGGAUGUAUCAAGUUAAAAUUAUUGUCAAAGUUUAAAUACCUAUAUAUUCUUUAUGAAUGCAAUAAAGGGACUUAAAGGAAGAAUGAUCAAGAGUGAUGAUGUAGAAAUAACAGCUGUUGGUAGUUUGCCCUUUAUUUAUGGCUAUUAGAGCUUGGGGCUUACCUCCUAGGUUUUAGGAGGCUCAAGAAUGAAGGAUCCUUAGUUUUUCCCAUCCCUGUGUUGGUGUGGUUGGGAAAAGCAAGAAAUUCCUCCCAGCUCUUUACCUUAGAUCUCCUACUUCUCAAGUUUUGUGGGAGCUCCUGGGAUUGCUUUUUAUUUGGUGCAGAGGGGUGGGGGUGAGGGCUUGAACUCAGGGCCUGGGCACUUGUUCAAAGCUAGUGCUCUACCACUUCUGACUUUUUGAUGGUUAGAUAUGAGUCUCAUGGACUUCCUUGCCUGGACUGGCUUCGAACAAUGAUCCUCAAAUCUCAGCCUCCUGAGUCACUAGGAUUAUACUCUCAGCCUCCUGAGCCACUAGCACUCAACCAGAUUGCUCUUCUAAUCAAAUGCUAGCCUUUGAAACAUGAUUGAACUUUCACUUCAGAAAGGGCACACAUUGCUUGCUCUUCUUUCCUGGUCUUGUGUAUGACAGAAGGCAUACACUCUCUCCCUCUUGUAACUGGCUGCUGGAUUCUUGAAGCUGUUUAACUCCAACCAACUCCCUUCUUAAUGAAACAGUGAAGGGAACCACUUUCUGGGUUUGACUUGAUACCUUGUACUGGUUUCUUGGGACUGAGGAACAAGUCAGAAAUCCAAGGAUUUAUUCUGGUGGCUGGUUAUUAGACAACUGUCCUAACCACCAGUCACUGAGUAUGAAAGUCUCUGUUGAAUGCCUGUAAAUGGUUUUGCUGCAAUUGCUUUAUCUAUAGCUUCCACAAGGUCCAGUUGUGAACCCCAGGAGAAGCAGGAGGGGAAGGAGUAAGAAAACUGUAUUUUCAGACACUUCUUCCUCUUGUCCUGCUCCUUUUCCUAGCACUCUCCGGACCACAUGUUAGCUCCUAUACUUCCUUUCUGAAGUAGGGAAUGUGGGAUGACUGAGUAGUCUUGUGUCCUUGUUGCUAGUGGGGUGAUUAGGUGAGCUGAAAGCUAUGUACUCUGAAAUUCAUUGUAUAUUCUCUCAGUAAAAUUACCCCUCACUUUUGUCUUCUGU